AUAUUCCGAUCUAAUCCGGUCGUUUAAUUACCGGCUCAGCUGGGUGCGCACCGCUCUCACAUGUAAUUAAGGCACUCAAUUAAAUUGGCAUGUAUAACUCGGCCAAGCAGGUACAGCGUGUGCUCACCGCUCGCGAAAUACGCAAAACAUUCAUCGAUUACUUCACGGCCAAUCAUGAGCACAAAUUCAUACGCUCCAGUCCGGUAGUGCCGUUCUGCGAUCCCACCGUCGCAUUCGUUAAUGCGGGCAUGAACCAGUUUAAAUCCGUUUUUCUGGGCACAGCAGCAGCGCCGCACAAGCGAGUCGUCAAUUCACAGAAAUGUGUACGAGUUGGUGGCAAGCACAACGAUUUGUCUGUGGUGGGUCAGGAUGGCUACCAUCACACGUUCUUUGAGAUGCUGGGCAAUUGGUCUUUUGGCGAUUACUUUAAGCGUGAGGCUUGUGCGAUGGCGUUGGAACUACUACGAGGUCCGUACAAUAUUGAUCCGUCGCGGUUGUAUGUCACCUACUUCGCCGGCGACAAGCUGCUUGGCAUACCCGCCGAUAUGGAGUGCUUUGACAUUUGGCGCAGCUUGGGCUUUCCUGCUGCGCGCAUCUUGCCCUUUGGCUCGAAGGACAACUUUUGGGAAAUGGGCACAACUGGUCCUUGCGGACCAUGCACCGAAAUUCACAUAGAUCAUAGACCUGGCUCGGAUCCGGGCAGCGUUGAGCAGCGAGCCAAGCUGGUCAAUGCAGGCCGAGCCGACCUCACUGAACUGUGGAACUUGGUGUUUAUACAGUACAAUCGCAAUACAGAUGGCAGCAUAACAUCGUUGCCCGCUAAGCAUGUGGACACGGGCAUGGGCUUUGAACGUUUAACUGCGCUCCUUCAAAACAAAUCGUCGAAUUACGAUACGGAUCUCUUUACGCCCCUCUUCGAUGGCAUACACAGUCUCUCAAAAGCACCUGUUUAUGGGGGCAGCUUUCCCGUGGCCGAAAAUUCUGCUCUGUUGGACACCAGCUACAGAAUACUUGCCGAUCAUGCACGCAUGGUCACCGCUUGCCUUGCUGAUGGCAUGUUGCCAGAUCAGAAUCAAAAGUUGCGUCGCGUGCUGCGAAAGGCGCUCAGCAUCUCGGAGCAAGUGUUUUCCCAUGAGAAUCUGCUCUCACAGCUGGUGCCGAUUGUGGUGGAGACGCUGGGCGAGGCCUACCCUGAGAUGUCGAGCAAGCAGCAGGCAGUCCUUGAGCUGAUUGCACACGAGCAGGAGGUGUACAAGAAUCUGCGCGAGAGCUCAUCGAAGAUAUUCGCUGAGGUGCUCACAGAGUUCCCCAACCUGGACGACAUUGAUCUGAUGGAGUGUCCUGGUUUUGUGCCUGCCUAUCGUGAGUUCCAAGUGCAACGCUCCAAGUUUGCCAACAACACGAUACCAGGCGACUUCCUAUACAAGCUGACGGACACUUAUGGUCUAACCGAAGACAGCUUCGUCAAGCUGGCCGAGCUGGAGAACAUGAACUGUGAUCUGGAGCGCUAUCGCGCUGAAUUGGCUUUGGCCAAGCUGAGGACCAAGGAACCGCAACGCAACAGUGGCAUCUAUGACUUGGCACUGCAGCAGCGCAUUGCAGAGGCGCAAGCCCAGCUCACCAUGCGCCUGGCAGCGACAGACAACAGUCACAAGUAUUUUUAUAGUUAUGAUGCACAAAGUGAAACCUACGCGAUUCCCACACUGAAUAGCCGCGUGCUGGGCAUCAUCCAAAACGAUGCAGAGGUCUCGCGCACACUGGGCAGUCGCUUGGGAGAGUCCACAGAUACGUUGUCCAUUGUCACAGCUGCCAGCAACUUUUAUUACGAGUCCGGUGGUCAGCAAUCGGAUCUGGGCAAAUUGCUGGUGCGAAACAAGCAAAAGCCCGAGCAGCCGCAUCAGUUGGAUGUGGUGGGUGUAAAGUGUCUGAACGAUUGUGUCGUCCAUGUCUGUCGCCUGGCCACACCCACCGAUGACUUUGAACUGGCCUUGGGGGAUGAGGUGUUGCUUGAAGUGGAUGCCCAGCAGCGACAGCUAAACACUUGCCAUCACACAGCCAUCCAUCUGCUAAACGCAGCCAUACGAUCUCUGUUCAACAAGGUGACGUAUCAGGUUUCCAGCGCGGUUAGCAGCGAUCAGUGCAAACUGGAACUGGGCCUAUUGGGCAAACGCAUACAAAAGGCCGAUGUGGAGCACAUUGAGGAUCUGAUCAAUCGCGCCAUCUGUUCCGGCUCAGCCGUCCAAGUGCAGCAGCUGAGCGCAGCGGAUGUGCUGCAGCAAAAUGAUAUAACGAUGGUACCGGGUGAGGUGUAUCCGGAGCAAGGACUGCGUCUGAUUAAUGUGCAAUGCCCAGAGCUAAAUCUAAGCUCCAAGGAGCUCUGCUGCGGCACACAUGUGACCAACACAAAGGAGCUGUCCUGCUUCUGCAUAGUCAAUCUCAAGCAAACAAAUCGAGCGCGCUUUGCUUUCACAGCUGUUGCUGGACAGGCUGCCGAGAAUGUUUUAAAAACAGCAGCUUUGCUGCGUCAUCGUGUGGAUUUGCUGGAGCAGCAGUUUCAAACUGACAAGCUUACAAACGCCACGGAGACUGAACUGCAAACUAUACGCCACAAUAUGUUGCACUCGGACAUUAAGCUGCCCUAUGCAUUUAAGUUGGACACCUUCAAUCGUAUUAACGACAUGCUACGUAAACUCAAGGAGACAUCGCGCACAACGCUCAAAGAAUUUGUGGAGGUGGAAAUGCGUAAUGUAUUGAUGGAAAAACCGCUGGACACACACCCUUACAUACUUCACUACAUUACCAGCUCGGCUCUGGUAGAGGAGAUUCCCUUGCAGCGUGCCACAAAACUAUGCACAGAUCGUCCCAUUCUGGUGGUUAGCAUGUGUGAGAACAUUGUCAAAGCACGCUGCUGUGUGCCGCAGGACUGCAUCAGCGACCAGUUUAAUGCACAGCUGUGGCUACAAUCCUUUGCGAGCACUUUUGGCGGCCAGGUGGGUGCGCCCAAGGGUCAGAAUGCGGCGAUCGUGUGCAACAUGAAGGGACGCAAAGUGAACACCCAGUUCGAGGAACAAUUGGAGCAGGCCAUGUGCAGCGCACAGGCUUAUGCCAAGCGCUAUUUGGAGUUCUAAUUUCGUGUGAGAGUCAGGAGCAAAAGUUAAGCAUUAAGUUUGCUAUUGUGAGCAAGAAUUUAAUGAAGACUAUUAUAUAUACGCAAAGAAUUUCAA